UUCUCUUUGGGGGUCAUGUUUUCCUUCAGCGGGUAAUAAUUUCGGUCCAGCAUUUAACGGUCUGUCUCAAAGUCCUUGCAAAUCGAUUAGUCUAUUAGUUACAUGGCGACCAACAUCUUUUCCUCUUCUCUCAUUGGCUGCAGACUGCCCUGCAUUGGGCCGCCAAACAUGGCAAAGGUGAUAUGGCUGUCCUCAUAGCCAACGCUGGGGCCGAUGUCAACAUCAAGGCACAUGGAGGCUACACUCCCCUGCAUAUUGCUGCUUUGCAUGGGCAUCAGCACAUCAUGGACCUGCUCAUUGGAACUUACGGGGCGAAAGAGAACGUGCGUGAUUACAGCGGACACCUGGCAUGCCAUUACCUCAGCACAAGGGAGUCACCUGCAGAGUACACCCAGCUAGACCUCCAGGUGGCCCAGGCCGGCGAGCGCAGGAACAGGAAGCUGGGGGGGCUCUUCCACCCCAAGAGCUCCUGGAAUUCCCGGAAGAAGUGGGGCUCCAUGGAGGACCUCGCACCGGUGGUGGAGGAGAGGGCGGCGGCCAGCCAUCAGCUCAGCAUUCCGGCUUUCAGACCCAGGAAGUUCUCCCGCUAACAAACUGGGCCUCCAUUCCCCCAAAACUGAGGACAGCUCACCUGUAAUAAUGGAUGGCGUUUAAACGGCACCUGUCAGCCUUUCAAGGUUCUCAAAAGUGCUUUACAGUGAAGGUGGGGGGUGACUCACCACACCUCUCC